AUGAAACUGACAAAGAAACGAUUAUCAGGAGAGAAAAUGGCUACUCCAGCUGCUGCUGCAAAUGGAGAAAUCACUGAGGCGGAUAGAAAACUUCUGGAAGAAUUGAGAUCCAAAAUUCAAGGAGAAUUGGAAUUGGUCAAAGCCUACGAUGAUGAUUUUUCGCUGAUGAGAUGGUUGAUUGGGUGGGAUCGCAAGAUUGACGUCGUCGUCCCCAAAAUCAAGUUCUCCCUUCGUGCUAUCCAUGCCCUUGGCCUUGACAAAGAAGACCUCUCAACCCUGGAAAAAGUCACCGAAAAAUGCGACGAAUGCAGUGUUCCACUUCGAUAUCUUCCUGGUUCCCUAAUCGGAUUGGAUAAGGAGAACAACGUGGUUUCCCUUCAAAUGAUCGGUCAUCUCGAUGCGGCUGGACUCAUGCCAGCUACCAGAAACUCGGAUUUAUAUAGAAUGAGAAUUGCAGAGAGUGAAGGAGUCAUGCAGAUUAUCAGAAAGAUGGAGAAGGAACAAGGAAAACCAUUCGGAACUUCGGUCAUCUUCGAUCUCGAUGGUUUAUCGAUGGCUCAAAUCGACAUGGCUGCUUUGAAAUGUGUCACCACGAUGUUGUCGCAGUUGCAGGAAAUGUUCCCUGAUGUCAUUCGAAAGAUCUUCGUCAUCAACACCCCGACUUUCAUUCAAGUUCUCUGGGGAAUGAUUUCUCCGUGUCUCGCCAAGCAGACUCAGCAGAAAGUGAAGAUUCUUGGAAACGACUGGAAGCAGCAUUUGAAGGAAACUAUUGGAGAAGAGGUGCUAUUUGAGAGAUGGGGAGGAACUCGUCAGGCAGAGACUGAAUAUGGAAAUGUCAGAAUGGGAGGGAAGAUUCCUGCCGAGUUGAGAUAUGAUCCAGCCAAUGAUCUCCCCGCCGAGAAACUCACAAAACUCAUUAUCUCAUCACGUUCAACCUCUUUCGUUCCAAUCACACUCGAAGGAAAUGUGCCUGGAAGGAAGUUGUAUUGGUGGUGGAGACUUGAGAACAAUGAUGUCAAUUUCUCGAUUCUUCGUGCUGCAGAAGGACAGGAGAAGGUUGCAGAACAUGACGAUGACUAUAUGGUUCAUCCGAAAUUCAAACUCCAAACUGAAUUCGUGCCGGAAGACGGAGAAGUUUCGGCUGAGGAGCCAGGAGUGUAUAAAUUUGUGUUUGAUAAUACGCAUAGUACAUUUAGAUCAAAGACUGUCAAAUAUUUCAUCGAGGUGCGAAACCCAUAA